AUGAAUUUAGACAUGAAAGAAUUAAGAGGCGGAUCAUUAUUUAUUCGUGAUUAUAAUAUGGAAAUAUACGGUAGUGAAAACAAAAUAUUUACCAUGAAGAACUUUGUUAUACAGACAAAAGGAAAUGAUGAUACAAGUAAUGGUUAUUUUAAUUUGAAUUUGAAAAGUUUUUUUGAUCCGGAAUUAAUUUUUUCAAAAAGAUUUGCCAACGAUGAAAAUGCGAUUUCAUCUAAUAUCAACGCAUUGAUCGCUGGUACUUCUUCUUAUACAAAACAAAGUACAUUUGUUAACGGAAAACCGUCAGAAUUGACACUUUUUGGUGUCACGUUUCCUGAAGAAGAAAAGCAAUCUGUUGAUUUAGUAAAAAUGAUUGCUUUGAUUGUAUUUUCUACUUUGGCGCUUAUUACUGUAACUAUAUUUGCUAUUGUUACUAUUGUCAAGAAGAAAAAGAAAGAAAGAGUUAUGAUGGAAGAAGAAAAUGAAGAUGUUGAAACAAGUGACAACAUCAAUGACAUAAAUGCUGAAAAUAAUGAUGUACAAAACCAAAACCAGACAGAAACUCAUUCAUCAAGAGGCCACAGACGAAAUUCAGCUGAUUUGGAAGCAACUGGAAGAAGGACAAGAAGAAGAGCAAAUACUCAUCAUCGACGCAGCCAAAUUCCAUUUAUUCUAACAGCAAGAGCGACUUUGGCUUCCGAAAUUGAUUCAGGAAGUUCUACAGGACGUCAAAACACACAAAGAGUUCAUUUCGAUACACAACCUGUUCAUCAAAGACAAAAUGGAAGAAAUGGAAGAACAAGACCAAGAAGUUAUUCAUCAGAUGAUACUGUUCCUGUUACUUUUACACAGCCAGGAAUGCCUGAUUUCGCUCAAUCUCCUAUUGCUUGUCCACCAGCAAACAACAGUAUCAUUUCUCCGCAAAACUCUAUUUCUAUGAUGUCUCCUUACAUCCAAAUGCAGCCUUCUUAUAACACACUAAGGAAACUUGAUUCGUCAACAAACCCAUUUGAUUUUGCACCUGCUCCAGAAGCCGAAAAUCCUUAUAAGGCUUAA